AUGAGGAGCCGGAAGCUCACAGAUGGAGUACGGUCUUCAGCCCGCCUGAGGAGCCGAGGGUGCCCAGCGACCAGGUUGGCCUCUGCACAGGAAGUGGAUGUCCCUAAGUCGACCAAAGCUGUGCAUCUGACUUCCUCAUCACACAAAGCCAUUGACAAGCGCACUUCCAAGAGAUUCAAGCAUGACAAAGACAACCUCAUGAGAUCUGAGUUACAGAAACUCGUCACUAGACGUGCUGGUGGGCCCUUGCCCAAAGCAGCACCUGAGACCCCUUGUGCAGAUGAACCUCUGGAGGUGGGCGGACAGCACGUGGUGGCCUCGGACAGCGAGGCCAGUGCUUCUGCCAAGCAGGAGGGAGGCGGGCCCCCCCUCGGCCACGGUGACAUCCUGAAGGACGGGUGCCCCGCACAGACUGAUGAUGACCUGUCCCCGCCAAAGCACAGCACUGCUUCUGAAGCAGAAGGCUCCAACAGCAGCUCCACAGCGUGGGAUGAGUCGGCGCCAGAGGCCCAGGAGGCCCAGAAGCCAGCACUUCAGAUGGACAACAGCGUCUUCCUGGACGAUGACAGCAACCAGCCCAUGCCAGUGAGUCGCUUCUUCGGGAACGUUGAGCUAAUGCAGGACCUUCCACCGGCGUCUUCUGCUUAUCCUUCCAUGAGUAGACGAGAAUUCAGAAAAAUGCAUUUCAGAGCCAAAGACGACGAUGACGAUGAAGACGAUGAUGCAGAAAUGUAG